AUGGAAGUCUGCACAUUCUGCGACCACUUAGAUGCUGUGGUUGCUAUUGCUCAUGAAAUACCUCAUCACAUUCUCAGUAUUGUUGCCAAUAUGACUGGUUGUGUUGUGUCAUAUAAUCCACCAUCUUGUACGAAUACCUGCCAGGAUGUAAAGUACAGAUUAAUCACCGGAGCCUGCAACAAUAGAAAUCACCCUUCCUGGGGAGCUUCAAAUACUAUUUUAUCUAGGUGGCUGCCAUCACAAUAUGAGGAUGGAAUUAGUGAGCCACAGGGAUGGAAUACAGAUUUCCUCUACAACAAUUUCUCUCUGCCUCCGGUACGUGAGGUUACCAAUAAAAUAAUUCAUGCAUCAAAUAAAGCUUUUCAAGAAGACAGUUUAUACUCCCACAUUAUAAUUGAAUGGGGCCAAUACAUAGAUCAUGACAUGGCUUUUACCCCACAAAGUAUUAAUAAGAGGAAAAGUAUGUGGAGUUCAGACUGCCACUGUAGCGGCAAGAAUCAUAAGUCGUGUUUCCCUAUAAAGGUCAUCACCAUGCGAGAUUACAUUCCCAAAAUUCUGGGUCCCUCAGCUUUUCAAAAAUAUAUUGGCAGUUACCAAAGAUACAAUGAAAACAUCAAUCCCUCAAUUUCUAAUAUAUUUUCUACAGCAGCUUUUCGUUUUGGCCAUGCCACUAUUCCUCCAGUUGUGCACAGAUUAGAUUCUCAGUACAGAGAACACCCACAGUACCCAAGUCUUCUACUGAAUGAAGUAUUUUUCCGCCCCUGGAGGAUAAUAAAAGAAGGAGGACUCGACCCGUUGAUAAGAGGUUUGCUUGGAAAACCUGCAAAACUGCAAACCCCACAAGAAAUUAUGGAUGAAGAGUUAACAGAAAAACUGCUUGUGCUCUCCAAUAAUGGUUCAAUGGAUUUGGCAUCUCUUAAUUUGCAGCGAGGUCGUGACCACGGCUUACCAGGAUACAAUGAUUGGAGAAAGUUUUGUGGACUUCCGAGACUAAACUCAUCAUUGGACAUGAGGAUAGCGAUUUUCGAUGAGAACAUCACAAGGAAAAUUAUUGAGUUGUAUGGACAUCCUGACAACAUUGACGUGUGGUUGGGCGGUCUAGUGGAAGACCUCUUACCAGGAGGAAGAACAGGACCCCUAUUUGCUUGUUUAAUUGGAGUUCAAUUUCGAGCACUACGAGAUGGAGACAGGUUUUGGUAUGAAAAUUCUAAUGUUUUCACCAGCAAACAGAAAGCGGACCUUGAAAAGCAUUCUCUGUCUCGUGUUAUUUGUGACAAUACAGGACUAACACGUGCACCUCCUGAUAGCUUCCUGAUGGAAAAUUAUUCAGAAGGUUUUACAUCUUGUGACAAUAUUCCUGGCAUGACUCUAGAAGCCUGGAAGGAGAAUCCAGAACCAGGUGCACUGUGUGGUCUUCCAAAGAAGAUAGAGAAUGGUGAUUUUAUAUAUUGUUCAGAGAUUCUCUUAAUUUAUUUUUGUUACCCUGGAUAUCGCUUAGAAGGAAAUGAAAAAUUAGCCUGUCAUGGAAAUCAAUGGAACACUACCCAGCCCCCAAUCUGUAAAGAUAUCGAUGAAUGUUUAGAUCAGAUGAUUCCCCCAUGUCAUACCUCCGCUACAUGUAGGAAUACAUUGGGAAGCUAUCAAUGUCUGUGCACAGAUCCAUAUGAACUUGCUGAAGAUAAAAGGACCUAUACUGGAAAACUUCCACGAGCGUCCGUAGCAUCCAUCAUUUUGGUUGCUCUUUUAUUUCUUUCCUGGGCUGUGAUUUGCUGGAUUCUAGUUUGCAGAGGGUAA